UAAUCAUUUUGUUAUUGUUAAAGGCUAAAUUUUUAUUUACGGACAUGAGCACAGAGAUUCCAUACUCUGUAGACUCCAUUUGCCGAAUUUGCCUUCUGCACUUGGAGGCCAGCACUGUUUACGAUCUGUUUUUGGUGCCCGAUCUAGCCAAGAAGCUUACAAGUUUUACCUCAUUGCCUGUGGAGUCGCAGGACGGUUUCCCCAGGAAUUUGUGUAGUAACUGUUAUAGCCGGCUUAAUGAAAUGUAUGAUUUUCAUAAGAUUUGCGUUCAAUCUGUAAAACUCUUUAGAGAUAUGGUGGCCAACAACAGAGUUGUUGUCAGCACGGUCUUUGAACCCGUGGCGAACACCCAGGCGGAGCUGGAUAAAGAUGAACACAACAGCUAUGAUCCGCUGCUUAACCACAAGGCGGAGCUGAUUGUAAACGAGGAAGAAGUUUUCAAAAUGCUGGAGCAUGUCAACAAAGAAGCUCAGCUGGUGGAACGUGAUAUUGUGGGUGGGCUUAAAGAAAAGAAAGUUUUUAGCGAUGCAUCCUCGCCGAAUAGCGACAGUGAGGACGAUAUGCCAUUGGCUCAGCGAUUGGCUUUCAGUAAUUUCGACAAUGAAUCAAGUUCAACGCUGGAUGAGCCAAACAGAAAACCUAAACGGAAACGCAUUCCCGCCGUAGAGCGCCACCUGCAUCGAAUUAUAACUUGUCAAAUUUGUCAGCAGAAAUUCAAGAAGCAAUUUAAAUAUGAAGAGCAUAUGAAACAUCACAAUGAUCUCCUGCCGUACCAGUGCACAAUGGAAGCGUGUAAAAAGGGAUUCACAACUGCGGCCGCAUUACGGCUUCAUGUGGAUUAUGCGCAUACGAAAAGUAGUGAGGAAAUUCCGUGCACUGUAGAGGACUGUAAGUUGUUAUUCCCACGCGUUCGAUUGCUGACCAUUCAUCUUAAAAAGGUUCACAAUUUGAUCCGUACCAAUGCUCCCCGCGUUUCCCAGUCCUGUAGUGAAUGCGGCGUUCUCUUUCGUUGUCCUGUGGCUUUAAAAAAGCACAUGUACAAGCACACUGGCCAAGAACUGCCGUAUCCUUGUAAUAUCUGCGGCAAGGGCUUCCACAUAAACAGCGCUUUAAAGAAUCACCUUUUGCGUCAUGCCGGCAUCAAGAACUACGUGUGUCACUAUUGCGGAGUGGGCAAGACCACACGCCAGGAGUGGAGCAAACACAUCUUAACGCAUACCCAGGAGAAAAUGUUCAAGUGCCAGCUUUGCGAGCACGCCACGCACACGAAGCGUGCAUUGGACAAUCACAUAAAAAUAGUGCACGAAAAAGUUAGAAAUUAUGCCUGCCAGUAUUGUGGGAAAACAUUUGGGAAAUCACAUGCCUGCAAAAUUCAUGAGAUGACCCACACCGGUGAGAAACGCUGCGAGUGCAAGGUGUGUGGCAAAAAAUUUCUCUAUACUGAGAGCCUGACAAAGCAUCUAAAGAUACAUGAGAAAAGUGUGGAACGGGCCAUAGAGACGUAUCGUCAACGGCAAGUGGAGCUUUCUGGGGUAUCCGUUGAAAUGACUUCGAAUGAAGCAAAUAGCAGUAAUGUCGAUGCGAAUGCGGCCGAUCAACUUUUGAAGGUGUGUGCCGAAUCCGUGGCGACCAUACCGAAAGAUCCUCGUCGCGUACAACGCGUCGAUAUAUCUGAAUUGGCUGGCACUGUGGUAAAUCCUAUACCAUCGGUGUCUGUCCCCUCGGCCAUUGCGCCCUCGCCGGUUAAGUUUGUUCAAAAGGAGGGCAUGCACAUGUGUCCAGACUGCAAUCAGGGCUUCAAUAAUUUGGGAAAUAUGAAGCGCCAUUACAAGAGUGUGCAUGAGAAAGUCAAAGAUUUCGAAUGCCGCUUUUGUUCACGGCGCUUUGCUAAUUCGCAAUCUCUAAAGCAACACGAAUGGAUUCACACAGGUGAGAAGCCAUAUGCCUGCAAGGAAUGUGGUACCAAUUUUAGACAGGAGGCAGCUCUCAUACGGCAUCAAAAGGUGCACGAUGAAAAGCCACCAAAACCACCGAAACCCCCCAAAGGAAUAACCGAGAAAGAUCGGGAAAGGGAACUUGCGAAAAGCGAAAGAAAACGUAAAGUCGAAGAGCGCCGAAAAGAAAUCGCUGAAGCGGCCAAAGAGCAAUUGGAGGAUAUGGCCAAGCAGAGAGCUCUUGAGAAAAAUCAGAACACCUACGAGCAAUAUCAGAACCAGGCAGCGGCGUCAGCGUCAUCCGAGCCUAAUGAACAUCCUUAAAAGGUGCCAGAGGAAAAGACAUCACAUGGAGGUAGGAAAUAAGUACUUGAAUGGAUUCAAAGCUUAAUGCAAGGCAAGCUUUAUAGUUCCCAAUGGCGUUUGAAAUCCUGGAAAAUCAUAUGCUGUAUCACAUCUAUGACUGUUAAAGAAAGUAGCUACCUGUAAAAUAUAGAGUUCAUAGAACUAGAAAACCUCAAAUAAAUUGACUUAGGAGAAAUCAGAAA